AUGGUAGUGAGACUGAUGAGGAAGACAAAAGUUAUGAGGAAGAGAAAGAACCUGAAGUUGAAGCUCAAGUUAAAGAAGAGAAAGAACGAGAUGAAAAGAAAGAAAGCAGUGAGACUGAUUAGGAAGACAAAGAAAGCAAAGACAAAGAACAUGAGGAAGAAAAAGAACAAGAAAAGGGUGAAGAAGAGAUUCGGGCUGAGGCAGAGCUCACAAAAGAGGGUGAAGAAGAGCUCGCACAAGAGGUUGAAGAAGAGGCAGAGAUCAAUGAGGCUAGAACCGAUGAAACUCCAACACCACCACAUGGAAAUUAGGCUCGGGUUGAAACAGAUAAAACCGAUGAAACUUCAACACCACCAUGAGAGAAUCAGACAGAGGAAACUUCCACACCACCACGUGGCAAUGACAGCGAGAAAGGUUGUGAAAGAAGAACCUAGAAAAGCUAAGACUCCUGCUCAAGUUGGGAUCAAAAGAAGGAAUAAGUGUGUGGCGGUGAGGAAAGAUGCAGCUUCGAAGAGGCCUAGAGGUAGACCGAGGAAGCCUGCUAAUCCAGAGCAGUUCACACUGCUGCCAGCAAAGAGGCCACGUGUACCAUCACAGUGGGUGCAAACUUCUUUCACCGAAGACGAAGAGCCAAAGUCGAAGCGUCAAACAAAGGCUAAAGCUUAA